UAUGGUGUCACGUGUUGUUGGACCCUUCUCACCAAGACUCAGAAGGAGUCCUGCAGCUUCUCCCCGCCCCAGUUACAAAACAUCACCCUAUUUCACAAAGGCUGAGAAAAACCAUUUCCCCAUCAAGUGACCAGGACCAAAAAAGAAACGAAAAGCCCAGAGAGCUUCACUCCUAAGGUCCGCAGGAUCCUAAAAGCACGUCGUCACAGAUGCCCGGCUCUGGAUAGGUGAUUUGGACACUCUGAUUCCAGUUCAACUCUGAUCCCAGCCCUGCAAUUGUGUCCACAGAAGGGACAGAAGGUGGUUUGUGGCAACAGAGGGAUAUCAGAACCCACAAGAAGCUGCUCAGUGCCUCCAGUCAAAGCCUUCCUCUGCUUGAGCUGAGGACAGAGGGAGCCAAGAGGGACAUGGAGCUGCCUGUGAGCCGUGUGCUGGCCUUCGGUGAGUGCCAGGGGCUGUGUGGGCUCUCAGAGGGUGACGUGAGGCAUCCGGAGACUCCACAGAGACGUUACACAGCUGCUUCUCCUGCAGGCGCUUGGCUGGUGGUACAGAGCAAGGCUGCAGCUGGUGCCCCCACCAUCUCUAUCUUCCUGAAGCCGCCUGGGGUGAUCCCACCAGGAGGCUCCACUACCAUCUGCUGCCAUUGCCAGUGUGACGAUGGGAAUGUUGUGCUGUACAAGGAUGGCCAACAGCUCCGUAUCCUGGAGCUGCGUGACGGCAGGGCCGAGUUCCCCAUCUCUAAUGCCACCCAAGAGGACGCAGGUCCCUACAGCUGCCAUUACCUGGCUGGAGGCACUGUCCUGGCUCGCAGCGAGACCCUGGAAAUCAUGGUGGAAGAGUUCCAUCUCCCCAAACCUGUCCUCUCUGUCCUGCCUGGACUUGAGGUGGCUGCAGGAGCUUAUGUGACUUUCCGCUGCACCAUCACACACGCCAGUGCUGGCUGUUUCCUGUACCUGGAGGGCCAGGACAAAGCCCUUGACUUACUUCCAAAGGAUCAAGAUGAUUUCAACCUCUCCCGUGUGCAUAAAGGCAACGAGGGCCGCUACAGCUGCCAGUGCUUCACCAAGGGUGCUUUGUGGAACUGGUCUGAUGUCAGCAAUAGCCUGGAUUUGGUGGUGAAAGAUUACACCUGGAGCAACGUGGUGCGCCUGGCCCUGGGCGCUGCCGUCCUCGUCCUGCUGGGGCUCAUUGUGGCCGAGGACAGGCACGGCCACUGCUGCAUGUGGCUCGGGUGGGAGAGGCGGGCGCGCUGCUCCCUGCGCCCAGAGCUCCCCACGACUGGGAGCAGGAUGGGAACACUGGGAUUCCUCCAGCAUCUCCUCACAGUGCGAUAAACCACCACCCCCCAUCGGCUGGCUCCGGAGGCACUGGGCAGGAUGGGAGAGGGAGACCUCAUGGCAGGGGGUGCAUGCAGUGUGUGUGCCUGUCCCUUCCCGUCUGUCACCAGGGCUGAAUAACCAGUGUCCAGCUGCAAAGACUUCCACCGCUCACAGUCGUUUAUUACUUUAAAACACUGACGAAACACAUCACGCUGUCAUCUAUAUAUAUAAAUUUACUUUCAGACAGCUAUAAAUUUAUAUAUAUAGGACCUUUAAACCUCUUUAUACUCAGGA